AUGCUUCUGGCGUUGCUGCAGCUGCUGCUGCUGCUGGCGGCGGGGGCGCGGCGGCGGCGGGGUGUAUGUACAGCUGGCGCGGGGUGUCUGUGGACUGUGGGGGCGCUGUUUGGGCUCGUUGGAAAGCCCUGCUGCUGCUGGUGGGUAGCAGCAGCAGAGCAGCAGCAGCAGGAAGCUGCGGAGCCCGCAAAAAGGCCCUACAGCCUGGAAGAAGUGCAGCAAACUCUGGAACUCUGGUGGCCCGAAAGCGCCGUCUUCGACUUCGACGCGGCGCUGGCGCGGGCGCGGGCGCGGGCGCUGCGGCGGGGCCCCUGGGGUGUACAGACACUCGACAAAGCGCUGCUGCAGCAGCAGCUAAACGUGGAAAUGGAGAAGUUUGUGGCGCAGCAGUUUGCUGCUCUUCGCCGCGAAGACCCACUGCUGCAGCAGGUCUCGCUGCUCGCCGACUGGGACGUGCUGCUGCUGCUGCGGCAGCAGCUCACUUCCAAAAGGGUCAAAACUUCUCUUUCCGAACAACAAAUUAAUUCCAUUUUCCAGGGGGCCCCCCGACUGUACCCUUGGCUGCCCCCCGCUGCAUGCCCCCACCAGCCCCGCCCUUUGGAGGCCCUUUUGGGGGCCCUCAGCCCCACUUGUUCCCCCGACGAGGGCCCCACGCUGCUCUGA